GUUUUAGACCUAGAUCUAUUACUAGUAUAACGACCCGUACCCUUUGUCUACACGAGAAACAGAUCUGAUCUUGCAUGCUAGCAAGGCUGUUGAGAUGGAGAUUGAAGAAGAGAUACGUGUUGACAUGCUUAACAGAUACUACAAAGAAGUACAUAGGACCCUGCUGUGUCACCAGAGCCACACCCUGGGGCUGUUCCCUCGAGGCAAGAGUCGUCAUGCCAGAGUCAGAGAUAAUGUCUACUGUGCCUCUGCUCUAUGGUCCGUCUCUCUUGCCUACAGGCACAUUGGUGAUGACAAGGGUCGCACACAUGAGCUGGAGCAGAGUGCUGUCAAGUGCAUGAGAGGUAUACUAUUCUGCUACAUGAGGCAGGCAUCCAAGGUUGAGAGCUUCAAGAUGAGUCAGUCAUGGGAAGAUGCCCUACACUCUCGCUUUGAUUGCCUCACUGGGGACCCAGUGGUCGACCAUCAAGAAUGGGGACACCUACAGAUCGAUGGUACUUCUCUUUUUCUACUUAUGUUGGCUCAAAUGACUGCAGCUGAUGUCCAGGUGAUCUUUACAAUGGAUGAGGUGGACUUUGUACAGAAUGUGGUCUACUAUGUAGAGAGGGCUUAUCGAAUUCCUGACUACGGGAUGUGGGAGAGGGGUUCCAGAGACAAUGUGGGACGUAGGGAAUUGCAUGCUAGCUCCAUUGGUAUGGCAAAGGCUGCCCUGGAGGCGAUGAACGGGCUGAAUCUGUUUGGCAGUCAGGGUUCAUCUCUAUCCAUCAUCCAUGUUGACCCAGACGCGCAGUAUCGCAACUGUGUCAUUUUAAACAACCUUCUGCCUCGAGAGUCAAGCUCAAAGGAGACCGACGCCUCCCUGCUCAUGAUCUCAGGCUACCCUGCUUUCUCUAUUGACGACACUGCCCUACGCCAGAGAACUGAGGAGAGAACUAAGCAGCUGCUCGGACCUGAUGGAAAGAAUGGCACAACGUACGGGUUCAAGCGAUUUUCCAGGGAUGGCCAUCACACUGUCAAGGAAGACCCCUCUAAGAAGUACUACAAUCCUGAAGAUCUCACGCAAUAUGAGGGUAUAGAGUGUGAGUGGCCACUGUUCUUCAUCAUUAUGAUCCUCUCUGAGUAUUGUCGUGGGAACACGGAGGAAGCUGACAAGUACUGGAAGAAGCUUGAGAAGUGUCUGGUCCUUCAUCACAGUGAUAUACCAGGGGUGGAAGACUGGAUGGUGGUUCCUCGACUGUAUUAUGUAUGUGAGUCUGAACUGAGUGAUGAGGUGCCAACUGUGGGAAGUGCUGUCACUGUCAGAGAGCUCAAGAUGGAGCCCAUGAACGAAGGCAUCCCCUUUCUCUGGGCACAAGCACUUUACCUCAUUGCAAGACUCACUCGUGACAAUCUGCUUACUCUGAAUGACCUGGACCCCCUGGGGCUACGUCUACCACACCAUACCAGACACACUGGUAUGGCCAGGCACCUUGGGUUCAGGGCCCCAGGCCAUGACACCAUCAUACAGGUGGCACUCAUCUCAGAGACCACGAGAUUGCAAGCCAUCCUUGCCACUCACGGCAUUCCUACCCAGACUCAAAAACAGGUAGAGCCCAUCAAGAUCAGACCACCUGGAGACAUCCUUAUGAAGGUCUUCCAGAAUGUUGGUGCCAACAAAAAGUUGGGGCUAUCUGGUCGACCCAGCAGACCAAUAGGAGCACUGGGAACCAGCAAGGUGUACCGAAUCUUGGGCCAGAUGGUGAUGUUCUUUCCGACGGACUAUAAUGUGGACUUUUACAUAUCUUUUGAUGUCAUGAUGCUUAUCGAUCUGUUCACAUCCACCAUGUCCUUCCUCAACCUAUACUGGAACAUGUCUGGCAAACCAACCAUGUGCAUCUACUUAACUGAGAACAGACUCAAAGGAAACAAUUUUCGCAAAUUCAUCAACUUCUUGGCUAAGGUGAAACAUGGAUCAGUGGACGGCGUUAAAGUUCGUCUGAGCAGCCUGCAGGCACUGAUCCCCACCUCCUACAUAGAAAACCUUGAGGUGACUAUGGAUGAGGACGCUGACAAAACUCUGCAGAAGAGACUCAACAAUCCUCCCCGCAGGACAGCGUCUGCUACAAAUCUAUUCAGCUCUAGCAGCUCUGUCAGCAUCGGUAGUCAUAUUGGGGGGGAUGACUACGAUGUCUUCAUGGUGGAUGACUCGGAGAUACAGCAGCUGUCCGAAACUAACCCCUUGAUUGAGGUGGAACCGUUAUUCUCUUCUGCAAGUCUGAAGAAUGACUCAGCUGAACAGCUUCUGGAAUCUUUAGCCAAAGUUGCUCACACCAAUCAGCUUGGGAGGCUGUACAUUAUCGACGAGUUGGGGAAACGCAAUGAACAGUGGAGGAUUGACACUGAAGAGAUGAUUGAAGAAACACUUCAGGCCAUUUAUGAUGACGCUGGCGAGAAGAAACACUGGAAGACUGUGCGACUGGCUGCGGCUAUGCUGGGUAAAGUGGUGGACGGUUUGGCACCCGCUCUCACCAGCAUGCUUGUUAGGGGCAAAGAGGUAUCAUUUGGAGUAUUUGGACACCCUGAACUGAUAGUUAGUGAGCCCAUGAGUCCCAAGGAGAUCACAGAGAUCAUCUAUGAAAAGUGUAUGCCUUACAACCCAGUUGAGGCAGUGCUUCAACAAGAGAUGUUGAUCUACCUUGGUGAGUACAUAACACGUCAGUACCACACUGUUUUCAAUGGGAUGAUCAGGAUCAGAAUAGGGUGGAUCAUCAAGGCUAUGAAGAAUGAGAGUUCUAGAAUCUCCAGUAUGAGCACUAGGACGGUACACCAGCUUGCCCCGUCAGAGGUGAAGGAAUUGUUGCUAAGGAUACUCCUAGACAAUGAAUCAAGGAAACCUCUUAGUCAAAGGCAGUUGGAUGGUGCUCUCAACAGAGUGCCUCAAGAUUUUUAUGUCAAAGUAUUUGGGAUAUUGAAGCGCAUACCUGGAGGCAUCAGUGUCAGUGACAAGCAGUUGCCACAGCACCCAGCCAUUUACGAGAUGGGUUCCCAUGAGAAGAAUUUUGCUCUCAAGGUGGAGGAGCUACUCAGUAGCAUCACUUUCCCAGAGUAUAGGCAAAUGAUCGUUGAGCUACUGAUGGUGGUAUCAACAGUACUCGAGAGAAAUCCAGAAGUAAUUAUCAAAGGAUCAAUAAAUUUAGACGAGUUGUUGCAAAACUCAAUGGAUCUACACUCCGUUGAUAUCGAGCACUUCAAUGAAGGCACAGAUGGUGGCGAAAGUUCUGUCUGCUACAAGGCUGACAGUUUCUAUGCACUGUUUCCCGAUGGUCAAUGUGGAAGUGCUUCAUACAUCGCCAGGGCAGUGGUUAACAAAGUGCUUCAAGAGGGACUUAAUUAUGACCCAUCGAAGGCUUGCAGUAUCAGCUAGACUCUAUCGUUUUUAUACGUACAAAUCACCUUUAUUAUUGUGCAUAUCAUAUUAAACAGUAACUCGAUUGUAACAAAAGCAGGGACUUCUAUGUAUAACUGUUAUGAUAUUGGUUUCACGU